AAGGGCCCGGGUAGGGGCCUUACUAGUAAGCAAGUUUUGCGAAGUCCUCUGGGCACUCAUGCGCCGUGACCUCACACACGAGUGCACCGGCGUGUUUCAUUGGAAUCCAAAAUCUCUCCCCAGGGGUGUGUCUCUUUGGUAUUAUAAUGAGCGCGAGUUAUUAGAGGUGCGCCCGUGCUCUUCAGCGGAGAAAAUCCCCUACCCGGCCACUGGCCACUUUCUCUGGAGUGUGGGGUCCCCAAGGAGACGGCCCUGGGGCUCCGGUGCUGCGUUUCCCAGGGCUCCCGCGCCCGCUCCUGCCUGGCUGCCGGCCGCUCCAACACCAGCACAAGGCGGGACUCAGAACAGGCACUCAGGGCCGCCAGUGGCCGCGAGGUGCUGAGAGGGGGCUCCAAGAACCCCGACAGGCCCCGGCGGGUGGGACGCGGGCGCCCUGGGGUCGGCGGGGCUCCCCCUACCGGCCAGACCCGGGGAGCGGCGCGCGGAGGCUGCGAAGGUUCCGGAAGGGCCGGGAGGGGGCGUCGCGCGCUGACUCUCACAGGGCACCGCUGGGGACGAUGGCGCUGCUCGCCUUGCUCCUGGUCGUGGCCCUACCGCGGGUGUGGACAGACUUCAACCUGACUGCGAGACAAGAAGAUCCGGAGGACACCCCGCAGACGGACGAGGGUGACGAUAGAGUGUGGUGUCACGUUUGUGAGAGAGAAAACAGUUUUGAGUGCCAGAACCCGAGGAGGUGCCAAUGGUCAGAGCCAUACUGCGUUAUAGCGGCUGUGAAAAUAUUUCCACGUUUUUUCAUAAUUUCGAAGCAGUGCUCCGCUAGUUGUGCAGCGAUUGAGAUACCCAAGCCAGAGGAGAAGCCGUUUCUCCUGGAAGAGCCCCUGCCCUUCUUUUACCUCAAGUGUUGUAAAACUCGCUACUGCAAUUUAGAGGGGCCGUCUAUCAACACCUCAUUGUUCAAAGAAUAUGCUGGGAGUGUGGGUGAGAGCUGUGGUGGACUGGGGCUGGCCGUGCUCCUGCUGCUGGUCUCCAUUGCAGCUGGCCUUAGCCUGCCUUGAGCCAUGGGACUGCCACGGACUGAGCCUUCUGAAGCAUGGACUCGCUCCAGACUAUUGUCACCUGUUGCAUUAAACUUGUUUUCUGUUGAUUA